UCAAGAGUCAGAGCUGUACCUGUGGCUCCAGACAGUGAGGACGUGGCUUGUGGAUCUUCGGAACUAGAAACUGAUUGAAAGAUUCCUGGCAUGGAGACUCGCAAGGGCUGCUGCCACAGAUUCAGGAGGAUGCUGUGUCUAGGAGCUAGUGAGGACCAGGAACAACAAUAUGAUGAGAAUGCAGUGGUCCUGAAGGCUGGAGAGAAAGGAGGCAAGAGAGGGCUUGUACAGAGCGAACUUGCUCAGGCUGAGCUUGAUCAGGGCGAAGUUGCUUUGAGCGAACUUGCCCCAAGCAAGCCUGUUCAAGAAGAGCUUGCUCAGUCCGAUCUUGCUCAGGAAGCCACAGGAGGGGGAGAGGAGGGAGAAAAUGAAGAAGAAGAAAUGGAAGGAGCACAUGCUGGCGAUGGUAGUUCUGGUCCCAUGGACAAGGGGAUCCAGGCAGAAGGUGGCCAUGGCGGCAGUGUUCAACAGCAGCCUCAGCAAGAGGCGGCAAUGCCUGAGGGCACCAAGAGUCUCCAGGCUGGGGAGAGGCAGCCUUUCCAGAGACGCACCAGAUUCACCCAGUCUCAGCUGCAGGACCUGGAGCGUCUUUUUGAAGAGACUCGCUUCCCCAGCUUUCAAGUAAGGAAGGAACUUGCAAUAUCUAUGGGUGUGCCGGAAGCAGAUGUGCAGGAUUGGUUUAGGAACAGGAGAACCAUUUUCAGGAGAAGCAAUAGAAUGGUGGUGGUGAUUGAUGCACCACCUGGUCCCCAGAACAACGAUCCCUGAAGAUUUUGGAGCAGCACAUGAGUGCCACCUCUGAUGUGAGCCAGAUGACCUGGAACCUGGCCCUGCCCUCAGUGUCUCGGCCACCCAUGCUGGCCAUGACAUCCUUUUCUUCCCUGUAAUAAUAUCUGCAAUA